AUAUUGUUUACAAAGUGUCAAGGAACAUUCGCCAUGUUUAAACAAUAUGGCGGACAGGAACAAUCUAAUCGUGAAACAUUCUCCAAUUUGCAUGCUUUCAGAGACAAAGUUGGAAUAUGAAACCAUUCUCAGAAAGAUCUCCAAGAUGGUUUAAGACAUCAACUUUAAAUUAAAGUAAUUAUUGGAUGAAGAACAUUGAGGAUUUUCUUGAGAAAUACAUAUCAGCUGCACUAGAUGCAUCCAUAGUUGUGGAUACUGACCACUGCCUUGUUGGGAACUGUACCAUGACCAUAAGAACCCAGUGGGCAGUAUAAGGUUGCAAUGAACAGGAGGGAACAGGAUGGAGACCCAGACCAGUUGGCAGAUGAUCUGGAGUAUGACCUCGUCAUCAGCAGCAGCAGCAGCUCCGAGUCCGAGUCCGAGGCAAGUGAUACCGAGGACAAUGUGGACUCGGGAUUUGGUGGCACCAGUGGCCAAGAGCUGACCCUCGUGGAUGACGACUCGCCUCUUUUGAUCCACCCGGAACAGGAUGGGGAGGCAGACCAGGAUGUGGGAUAUGAGUAUGACGGCGAGGGUGAGGGUGAGGGCGAGGGCGAGGGGAGGGAGAGUGUUGUGGAAACUACGCCUGAUGUCACAUCCAAGAAGGACAUUCAGGAUAAAAAGAAGAAGAAGAAAAAGAAGAAACGAUUGCUGUACAUCUGUCUCUCCAACUGCAAGUAUGAUGUGGUUCGGCGGACGUCACGGAGGUUUGGCUUCAAGGAGGUGUCCGAUGAUGACGACUGGUCACUGUACUGGACAGACUACUCCGUGGCACUGGAGAGAGUCAUGGACAUGAAGAAGUAUCAGAAAAUCAAUCACUUCCCGGGAAUGAAUGAGAUUUGUCGGAAGGAUCUGCUGUCUCGAAACCUCAACCGAAUGCUCAAGAUGUUCCCUAAGGAAUACAACGUCUUCCCUAAAACAUGGUGCCUUCCUGCUGACUAUGGAGAUUUCCAAGCAUACACAAGGCAGAAGAAGAACAAGUCCUACAUCCUGAAGCCAGAGUCUGGAUGUCAAGGUCGAGGGAUCUGGGUCACCAAGAACCCCAAGGAAAUCAAACCCCAUGAACAUAUGAUAUGCCAAGUCUACCUCAAUAAGCCAUUCUUAAUAGAUGGGUUCAAAUUUGAUUUCCGAAUCUACACCUUAAUAACAUCAUGUGACCCUCUCAGGAUAUUUGUGUUCAAAGAUGGUCUGGCAAGGUUUGCCACCAAGAAGUAUGUGGAGCCCAGUGCUGGCAACACGGACAAUGUGUACAUGCACCUGACCAACUACGCCAUCAACAAGCACAGUACAGACUUUGUGAGGGACGAUGAAGCUGGAAGUAAGAGGCGUAUAUCCACCAUAAACCGCUACAUGAGAGAGAAGGGGUAUGAUGUGGACAAGAUGUGGAAUGACAUUGAUGACGUCAUCAUCAAGACUGUGAUCUCGGCUCACUCUGUACUGAAGCACAACUAUCGCACAUGUUUCCCCAACCACGUCAGGGGCAGUGGAUGUUUCGAGAUCCUUGGAGUGGACAUUCUGCUGGACAGGAAGCUGAGGCCCCAGAUACUGGAGGUGAAUCACUCUCCAAGCUUCACCACUGAUGCUGAUCUUGACCGUGAGAUCAAGGGCACGCUAGUGUACGACACACUCAACCUCAUCAACUGCGGAGCGUGUGACCGGAGGCGCUGCAUUGAGGAGGAGAAGAAGAAGAUCAAGGACAGGCUGCUGGGCAAAUACACCAAGAAGGAAACCAAAGAAGAGCUUGAGCAGGCUCAGGCCCUGUUUAUGGAGCAGCAGGAGCGCUAUGAGAAUUCACAUAUGGGCAACUUCCGGAGGAUCUAUCCCAGCCCAGGCUGUGACAAGUAUGACAAGUUCUUCCACAGCAGCGGGACCCUCUUCCAGGAGACAGUGGCAUUCAGGGCUCGUGCAGAGCUGGCAAGACAACAACGUGAGGAGAUCAUGAGGAAGAAGGAGAAGAUGGAGUCUAUGAUCAAGGGAGGGAAGAAGAAGGAUGGCAGUAUACUCAGGCCAGAGUCCCCAACCGGUCGGAAACGUCGCACGUUACGUCGGUCCACCAUGCCGUCACGCAGACUAAGCUCUUCUAAAACAGAUUUGGAGGGCAGUGACAGCAGGCUGCAGCAGGAGGAGAUGAUCGACACGUCCAAGCCGAUGGAGAUCAGGGAGGAGGAGGAGCUGGAGAGGAUCAGUGGGCUGCUGCAGCGGGACAACCUCGUCCGCGGCCUCGGCAUCGUGGAGCAUGUGUACCGCCUCCUACACUGUACCCCUGGUACCAUGGGGGUGAUGAAGGCCGACCCAAGACCUCUGCCCCCACCUGUGACAAGUGGAGGGAACGGCGAAUCUCUAACACACAACAACACCAAAGUUAACUUGCAUGACAAAAGUCACCACUUUCACUCAUACUCUCCCAAACUUCACGCCGCUCUCACUUCUAACCUCGUGCCUUCUCAACCUGUUGUGACGUCUCAGUCCAUCUUUGCAUCAAGUCCCACAAGCUUCCUAGCGACCUCCUUCCCCCUCCUGGCCAUGGCCUCCACCCCCCACCCAAUCAUCCCACCCCCAGCCUACUUGACCAGACCUAUAGGGCCGUAUACCUUACCCUAUACUCAUUUAUCCACUCAGCCUAAUAAUGGAACACGAUGGCAGGGCAAAAACGCCAGUUUAGCCAACGUGAAUGAGAGAACGGUCCCAGCUUUUCAGAGACGACAGCUGUCACGGAAACCUAUUGCAGCCAACAGGAGUGGACCAGCCACCAUUGUGCCAGAGACGGACUACCGGAGUAGCAUGGUCGAGACGGAGGCAGAGAGGAAUCGGCUGCUAGCUCGGAGUAGUGGUCAGACAGAUUGGCGGUCAGACACAACUACGCCCACACAGAAGGCUCGAAUACUCAGUGCACAUGGGAGAAGAGACCCAGGGCAGAAAGGCUGGGAGUAUCUGAUAGAUCUCCCCCUCCCUCGGUUUGGCCCUGCCCCUCCAUCACAUGGUCUCUCCGUGGUGUCGGCACCGGCACCAGUCAUCCAACGUCCAGAACUUGUUCGACCAGAAAUGGUUGUGUCAGCAUCUUCGCCAGGAAGUGGCCUCAGUAGAAUCAGUUCAAACCAUUCUAUGACAGAGAAUCCUGCCAGUCACCGCUCAACCAAGUCGCAACGGAUACGUGGCGCGUCCAAUACGAUGAGACUACGGCAGUUGGAAAUGAGAGAAAACCACGCCUUUGUCUACAGCUGAUACUGAAUCCUUGGCAUGUACAGGGUGGGAACUGUACAUGAGCAGUUGUUGCGGAGUCUUAAUGAUGCUAAAGAACUCUUGACCCUAUUGUAGGGCACCAACAACCCAGUUUUAAUGGAGAAAGGAGCCUCGGAUCUGCAUUUUCACAAUAGAGGAUGUUGGAGUAUCGACAGUGUCUCAGUAUUAUCUACAAUUACACUGAUUUUUACAUGAUUACAUAUAAAACUCAGUUCCUUGAAGAAUUAGUGUCUUCACAGUGAUAUAUUGUACCAGGGUCUUUUUACCUGCAGAUUGUUCAUAUUAUAUUUCUUUUUUCAGUGUUUCUAUGUAUAUGCUUAAAGUUAGUUUGAGUGAGUUUGUUUGCUUUGAUAACCACAAAGUUGCCUGUAAAUUAUAACAAACAGACAUGGUUCUGCUCCAUGCUUUUGUUGAUAUUCCAAAUAUGAAGAUAUUAUUACCAUGACUUAUUAUAUUUGAGACAACUAUAGGUAUGGCAUUUGUACAAAUACUAUGAAGCGAGAGUUGGGGAAAUAUAUUUAGUAGGAAGUAUCAAACGGUCUCAUUCUUACAAUAUUAAAGUUUGUUCAAUCAUAUUUUAAAACUUGUUACACAAGCCGAGGGACUUUUCUAAUUUAUCAUAUAUUUUAGUACAUAUUUCUCCUUCCAUUUUAAACAGAAGCAUUCUGGUCCCAAUUUGGUCAUUUUGACAAAACAAUGAUGUUUUGGUCAACAAAGGAGUACAGUAUUCAUUGAAAAUAAUCAGCAUUGGGAUAUUCAUUUUCCAAAUAUUUUUUCUAUUGGAGAUGAUUUUUUAUUGUAUGAAAUAGUUGUGUGUGUACUGGACCAUCGUGUUUGUUUUGUUAUAUAAUGGGCAUGUGUAUCAGUGCCGAUGCCAUCAGUGGCUGGUGCAGAAAUUCAGUGUUUUGUUAUACUACCACGUUGUGGUCUUUAGGAUUGGUUUGAAACUGUGAUAAACUUUCGCAAUACAACUUGAGGUGGAAAUGUAUUGAAAUCUGGGUGACUGAACUUAUCUUAUCAUUUUGCUAUUUGUUGUGAAUGUCGGAAGAAGUAAUUGGAUUUCUGUAACAUGACUUGAUAAAUCAGGAGAGAAUUGUUGGACUUUAUUAUAGACAUUCGCUAAGUCUUUUGCUGGUUAUGAAACAGCUGUGAUAUUUGACUUGUUUGACUAUUUUGAUGUUUUAAACUUAAAUAUAUUAAACACAAAAUGUGCAAAAACUGUAAAAUUGAACAAGUUACAUGUUAGUGUCCCAACGAAAUAGCCCUGAUGAAGAGUAGUGGAGGAAAAUUGUAAUGUACUUAUGCAGCGAAAAUAUUUCAUGUUUAAAAGAAGUGAUGGCCGAAAUAUUUUUAGGUUCUAAGUCUUAUUAAUUCCAAUUUUGAAAUGAACAACUCGACUUUUCGUAUCAAGCAGCGAUAGCCAAAAUAUGUUUAUGGUCUAAAGCAGUUGUUGCCAAAGUAAUUUAUUUUCAAGAAUGUGAUGGCCAAACAGAGAGACGUUUCUAUAAUAACGUUCAUAGUGCCAUCCCCCAAGCAUACACUGCUUACCAUGUGCCUCAUGAAACUAAGAUUAUGAAAUGUGUAGUUUAUUAUGAUCACAUUAUUUUAUUAGGAAGAUUAUAUGUUUAUUUUGUAUUGAUAUUCAGGGAGGUAUUCUGCAUGCGACGACAUUUUGACACUUGACUCCAACUAUGUAUGUAGUUCAUUAGAUCAGUUUGCCCGUGUAUGUCAGGAAGGUAGGUUUGUACACUAACAGAGUUUCACUGAAGAAAGUAUUGCGGAGCUUUACUGCAUGCAGUGUGAAUCUAUUUGUUAAGAUCUGACCCAUGUUGACAAUAUUCCAAGCCUGUUGUUGCCAUAGCACCUGGUUGUUGGUGUGACACAACCUAUUUACAAAUAAUUAUGGUUAUUGAUCAUAAUUUUGCAUGGAAACAUGACUGACAACUACUUGCAAAAAAGAUUUUAGCCAUAUUUGUUAAAUUUUUGUUUUCAUACCUCAUGCUUGUCGUAAGAGGCGUCUAACGGGAUCGGGGGGUCAGGCUCGCUGACUUGAUUGAUGCAUGUCAUCGAUCCCAAUUGCGUUGAUAGAUGCUCAUGAUAUUAAUCACUGGAUUGUCUGGUCCAGACUUGAUUAUUUACAGACCACUGUCAUAUAGCUGGAAUAUUGCUGAGUGCGGCGUUAAACAACAAACCAACCCACCAACUUUCAUACAAGAAUGGAUUAUGGAGAUAAAAACUGUUGCGGGUUUGCGUACAUGGCAUUUCCUGUUUACUGUGAGGCAGACCAAUGUAUUUGUUAAAGUUGUGUAUGGUUAGUGAACAUUCUCUUGAUUAGAUUCCUCACAUUUCAGUUUGUUUGGACAGCCAGUGACUAUAGAUACACAUAGCAAUGUUGUAAUCAUAUAUGGAAAAAAAAUAAUUCAAAAGUUGAAAGGAUUGAAUGUAGACAAGGCAUUGUUCCGAUGGGUUCUAGCAAUAUAGAUAGUCACUGUGGUUUUCUACCAGGGCCCACUUGCACAAAACGAUCUUAGUGCUAAGAUGAUCGUAACACCCAUACUUUAACAUAAGCUUAUGAUAGUCCUAACACUAAGAUAGCUAUGUGCAAAUGGGCCCAGGUAUACUAGGUAAGACAAUAAGGAGAGUACAUCAGUUUAGUGUGUGAUUCUACUUCCAUCCUUCUUAUCAUUUACAUCAGUUUCAUUGUGACUUUCGGUUUAAAUGGAGAAACAUUCCAAGUUGAUAACUAUACUUUGAUUUUGUUUUGCCAUAAUCACAUUUUGAGCAUGUUUAACUUCAGAUAUUGGUUCUAUGUUACAUUGUUACAAGUUAUGAGAAUAUGUUUAUUUUAGAAAAUGAAUUAAAACAAUUAUGUUUGAUAUAAAAAAGACACAUGAGUGUAUGGAUAUAUAUUGUACUUUGUUAUUCUGAAAAUAUGUUUUCCUAUGUUUACUCAUGAUGAAGGUGUAGCUCCACCAUGCACCAAGUAGACUGGAUUGCUUUGGCUGCAUCAUCAAAUCCUUGCCUAUCAAAAACAUGGGUGUGUAGAAUAUGUCCAUGACAAUGAAAGUCCUCUUAUUGGUAAUAGUUGUAAAGUCCAGAAUCUUGUAAUCUUGAGUUGUUGACAAUAUCUGUUGUUGACGUCCUGACAUCCAGUCUCUCCUGCAUCUUGAGUUGUUGACAAUAUCUGUUGUUGACGUCCUGACAUCCAGUCUCUCCUGCAUCUUGAGUUGUUGACAAUAUCUGUUGUUGACGUCCUGACAUCCAGUCUCUCCUGCAUCUUGAGUUGUUGACAAUAUCUGUUGUUGACGUCCUGACAUCCAGUCUCUCCUGCAUCUUGAGAUAUUGACAAUAUCUGUUGUUAACGUCCUGACAUCCAGUCUCUCCUGCAUCUCUGUGAUCAGCAACUACUCAUGUUUCUUAAGAUGGUAACAUGUGGUAGUUACUAUGUAUAUUGUCCUUGUACAGUUUGUUCUUGUUGAAGAAAAUAAAGUUUGGUGUACUCUA